AUGGCUCCCAACAAGAAAGGCGCACAAAAGCCUAAGGCGAAUGCGGCGGAGGAAGUGGAAGAGACCUUCCAGGCCGUGGUCCUUGCCGAUACCUUCGAGACGAGAUUCGAGCCCUUCACCCGCGAAAAGCCUAGGUGUCUUCUGCCGCUCGCCAACACACCCCUCAUCGAGUAUACUCUUGAGUUUUUGGCCAAUGCAGGCGUAGAGGAGGUCUUCCUCUACGGCGGAGCGCAUUCGGACCAGCUAGAGAAAUACAUCAAGUACGGCGAGCCUUGCACACUGCAUCUGCUGACCCAUAUGACUAGUGCCUCCAAAUGGAGAGCCCUCUCUUCCCCCUUCAAGCACCUGAGCUUCCUCAAAUCCACAUCCACCUCCGUUGGCGACGUGAUGCGUGAUUUGGACGGCAAGCACCUCAUCACCGGAGACUUCAUCGUGGUAAGCGGCGAUGUGAUCAGCAACCUGCCUAUUGAAGGCGCUCUCGCUGCACACAGGGCCCGUCGGGAAACGGACAAGAACGCAAUCAUGACCAUGGUUCUAAGAGAAGCCGGCCGCAACCACCGAACGAAGUCCACCUCCACUUCGCCCGUGUUUGUCAUCGACCCUACCAAGAACCGAUGCGUUCACUACGAGGAGAUUAACCGCAGUCCCGACUGCACCGAGCAAGCCCGGAUCACCAUCGAAGCCGAGACCAUUCUAGAAUUCCCCGAGCUAGACAUCCGUCAGGAUCUGAUCGAUUGCAGCAUCGAUAUCUGCACCCCCGACGUGCUCAGCUUGUGGUCCGAUAGUUUCGAUUACCAGACUCCUCGGAAACAGUUCUUGUACGGUGUUCUGAAGGAUUACGAGCUGAACGGCAAGACUCUUCACACUUACAUUAUCAAUGACAACUAUGCUGCGCGUGUGCGCAACCUCAAGGCCUACGACGCUAUCAGCAAGGAUGUCAUUUCCCGCUGGGCUUACCCCCUCUGUCCUGACACGAACUUACUUCCCGGUCACAGCUACAACCUCCGCAAGGGCAGCUUGUACCAAGAACAGGGCGUGACACUUGCGCGCUCUUGUCUCAUUGGCCGUCGCACGGUCAUCGGCCAGGGAACCAGCAUCGGAGACCGGACUACCGUUUACAACACGACUCUCGGCCGCAAUUGCAAGAUUGGCCGCAACGUCAAGCUGGACGGUGCGUACAUCUGGGACAACGUCGUCAUCGGCGACAAUACCGACGUGCGCGGAGCCAUCAUCGCCGACGGCGUUGUCAUUGGCAAGAACUGCAACAUCGCAACGGGCGCGCUGAUCUCCUUCGGCGUGAAGAUCGCAGACGGCAUCUCCGUGGAGAGCGGCAAGCGCAUCACGAAAACCAAAAUGGACGGCAGCAGAGCCGAGACCGACCCCGCCGUCGUUGGCGAAGGAGGUGAAGGCUAUGAAUUCGUCCACGGCGAAGAGGACGACAGCGACGACGAUGACGAAGACAACGAGAGCAUCGCCUCGUCAGGACUCAUCUACCGCAUGCCUGCCCUCUCCCUCUCAUCCGCCUCCAUCUCAACUCUAUCUUCAGAAAUAUCACAGGGAUCCUGGCCACACUCGGGCCGUAGCAGUUUCUCCACAGACCAUGAAGAGCAAGAUAACUUCCACCACGACGCCUCGGCAAGUGUAUUCGACAGUCUGCGCGAAGGCGUCUCCGCCGACGUCGUCCAGCUCGAGCUUGUCAGUCUGCGCAUGACAGCCAACGCAUCGGACAAUCAGGUCCGCCGCGCUAUUGUCUCUUCGUUCAUGAAGCAUAUCCAGCAGGUGAUGGAAGCGGGCAAGGGCGCUGGUCAGGCUGUGAGUGAGGUGUUUACGAAGUACAAGGAGGUUGUGGAGCGGACGCUGUUCGAUCGCCAGAAGGAGCAGAAGAAGGAUCAGGUUGAUUUGUUGCUUUUGCUUCAGCAGGAUCUUGUCCAUCGCUCCAAGGGCGAUACUGUCUUGCUGUUUACUGCCAAGAGUCUUUAUGAGCUUGAGCUUGUUGACGAGGAGGCUUAUGACCAGUGGUGGAAUGAUGAGCGGUCCAGUGCUACUGAGGAGAUGCGGACUGUGCGUGGCCAGGCUCAGCAGUUUGUCGAGUGGUUGGCUGAGGCCGAGGAGGAGAGCAGUGAGGAAGAGGAGAGUGAAGAGGAGGAAAGUGAUGAUGAGUAG